GUUCGAUGUAUAUCAAUCGAUCGAAUGCAAUUUUUUUUGUAGAAUGCCUAGAAGAAAUGAGUCUGAUGAUUGGAGACCACUCCUUGCGAGUUUGUGGUGCCACCCCGGCCGUGGCGUUGAAAGAAAUCGCUAAACAGAUAGCUGACCGAGACAACAGCGUUCGUAACGCCGCUCUGAACGCUGUGGUGCAGGCAUAUUUCCAAGCAGGCGAAAAAAUUUAUCGUAUGGUUGGCGCCUUGGCGGAGAAGGAUAUGAGCAUGCUGGAAGAGCGGAUCAAGCGGGCUCAGAAGACUAGACCAGCGGUAGGUGAUGCGACGAUUUGCAUGGAUAAUCGCGGAGCAGUUCCAAAUCUGGCGUCUCCCACGAGUGACUUGAAUGCGACUCGUUCCGUGACGCAUCGAAGCGGCGGAGGUGGUAAAACUCGACCGCAGUCGGCAAUAUUUCCAUCGCACCAGUCUCCGACUUCACCGAAUGCUCACGCCCGCGAAGAGAAACACAUGUCGCCGCCACCGGGGGUUGGCAAGAAGGUGUCACGUUUCGGCGAACUGGGAGACUUCAAGCUCGGCCCAAUCGAGAUGCGGAGAGACAAACUGUAUCCCGAUCUAGCUGAGGUUCCGGAUUUGGGUAUGGACAUGAGCAUGUCCAUGGAGGUGCAGACUGCUACGAAGCAUUUUCUGGGCGCCGGGAACGGAGGUUCAUUUGCUGCCGGGACUGCCACUACGUUGACGUCGAAGACCGCAGCAAUUUCGUCAGGAACCGCAACUGUCAACUCUUUGCUGAGAGACAUGUCGUCUAGUGAUGCUGAAACAUGCCGAGCCGCCUUGUGCGGAAUGCUUAUGAUCGUUCGAUCCCGGGAAUCUCAUAGGGACGUCCUUCCAUUGUGUACUCUGACGCUUUUCCGAGAGUUUGGGAAUGGAGCCAUUAUUGAGGGUGAUAAACGAAGUCAGACUUUAAUGGAUAUCGUCAUGCGAUUGUUGUGGAAGAUUUUCCAAGCUAUGCCGAAUAUGAUUUCAAGAUAUGACUGCGAUCCAAUUUUGCGAGAGAUCGAUCUUUACUAUCGAACAUUUCCACGAAAUUAUUGGGCGGACAAAGAAAAAAAAGAUCGGCUGCCAAUAAAGACCGUUCUCACCCUCCUUACUACGUUGUGUAAAGAACGACUGAGCUCAGUUUUGACCUGUCUCCGGCAACAUCCCGAAUACAGAAGUACAGAGAUGGGUAGGAUCAUUGAGAAGUUCGAAAAGGAGCGUCAGAAGAAAUUUUCUGCUGGGGAUGCAAAUGUUGGUAUGGACGACGGAUCACGAACAUUAUCUCGUGCAGCCCACAACGAACUGACGAGAAUAUUCCAGAAAAUCGGUGAUAAAGAAGAGUCAAACGAGGGUCUCAGAUUGCUCCACGCGUUUCGCGAAAGGCAUCCCGAAGCUGAUCUUGAGCCAUUUUUAGUCAAGUCCUCCAUAUUUUUCAAGCAAUACAUUGAAGAUGGCCUGGGUAAAUUGGACGAAGAGAAGCGGCUAACGAGUUGUGAACAAGCUGGUGCCAUGAGUGGGGAUGAUCUGCUGAGUCCCCUUGAUCCAAGUUUAGCUGAAGGAGGGGAUGUGGAAGACCCUGCAUUGUAUUUCGCGAAGAUCAAGAAUUUGCGUGCCCGUUUGGGGCUGAAGUCAAGUCCUUUGGCGGAGAAUGGCGCUUCAUCCGCCAACAAUGAUUCCCCCACUGAUGAACAGCGUGGCGUAAAUUCAGGACGACGAUCCAAUUCCAGUUCUGACAAAUCAGAAUCUGCUGGAGGGUUGUCGCGAGAAUCUCCUGGUGAUGAGAACAGAGAAAUAUUGGCGCCUAUGACAAGAGAAGAACCUGUGCAACCUACUGUUCCUGAAAACAUUGACAGCAUAAUGCGGCGAUUUCAAUUGAUCAAGCGCGGCGAAUUGAAGUGAGUGACUGUAGCUGAAGCUGUUGACGAUGUUGAUGAUCAUACUGAUCAAAACUGUAUAGCCGUGCUACAUUUAAUUGCUCUCUGUGUUGAUUGUGUACUGAUUUUUCCAUUUGUAGCAAAUUAAAUGCGCUAUAAUUAUUGUGUA